UAAUCGCAAAUAAUGUAACGUCAGCUGGUGAAUUCGCAUUUUCCGCUUUCUCAAAACUCAUCAGAAAAAUUUUACGACACUCGGGAUGCGAAUUGGGAUUGAGACCAGAUUUUCCAACGGGUGAGAAGGGACGGACAAAAUUUUCACGGGAGGAUCCAUACGUAGAUUUGGAUAUCCUACGCUCGAGUUUCAGAGAUCGGCGCAAAUCAUACAAUGAGAGUACCCCUGGACGGAUAAAUUUAACUUAAAUGAUCACAGCGGAUCCAAACUUUCUCAGCCUGCAGAAAUCCGGUAGAUCUUACAAAAACGGAGACGAGGGCGACCAGACAGAUCCGCAAAUACGAAACGAUUGUAACAAUGUUAAUAAAAGCUGGCCACAAAUCAAACAAGUUCUAGAGAAAAUAAUAUCCGACGCGUCUUUGAAACAUGAAGAAUCAGUACGCCAAAACGGGGAUGCGGCAAAGUCAACCGAACAGAAGAAAUGCGUUUCGCCCACGGCACAGGGAUCGCCUCCGAAAGUCCACGAGGACUUGUUUUUCGAGAAUGAGGUCUUCCGGGAAUUGACCCUCGGCUACGUCCGCGUUCGGGAGCUCCAGCGGGACAUCGAACGUGCCAAGAAAAUCCUAACAAAAAUGGUCUUAGCCAAGACCAGCGACGAGAAGAAGGUGGUCAUCGAAGACCUCAAGGAAAAAGUGAAGCUCCUCUUUCACGAUCGGGCUCAGAUGGCGUUGUCGCACGCUAGGUGGAGGAUGAUGAAGCACGAGCAGAAGAUUCGGGGCUGUGGGAAGCUAGUACGUUUAAAAAGUAGAGCUGAUGUCAUUGAACGCAAACAUUUCCAGCUGAAGAAACAGCUCCUCGGCCUGCAGGCGCUCGAGGUGCCCAAGAAAAACAGCAGUUUCUUUGCGAGGCUGUUUACUUCUUGUUGUCGUAAUAAAUAAAAUCGCUAAAAGUACCUAUUUAGAAAAAAAGAA